UAUAAUGAAACUAUAAGAAAAGAAUAGACUUAAAAUGGAAGAUACCAAAAACAUUAAGCACAAGAGGAAGCCUCCUAAGACAAAUAAGGAGAGAUCAAAACAGCACAGGAUCAGGAAGAAGAAGUUUAUCGAAGAAAUGGAGCAAGAAUGUAAACUUCUCAGAGAAAGAGUCAGGAGUUUAGAGAAGGAGAACCACCAACUUAAAGAGCAACUUGCAAAUCUGUCCUUGACUGGAGGUUUAUCUUCAACAAAAAAGUUUGAACAUUCUUUGCAUCAGUAUGAAGACUAUGUGUACAAUAACUUAGGAAAGAAGAUUCUUGAUGAUCCAGCUCAGGUUAGAUACAGCACUCUCGAGCAUGCAGUUGAACAUAUCCAAGAGUGGAGGUGGGCCAGCAAAAUAAUCUUUAGUGAUGAUAGAAUCGACUAUAUCAAGACUUUAUUCAACAGUAAUGUUGGUCCCUCAUGUUUAGAAAUCUUAGACAACAUGGUCUCACAUGGCGCAAAGUGAUUCUUCCUGUGAAAUCGUAUGUUUACCAUCAAAUAAAUGGAAUGGAGCUAAUGGAUCAAAGAAGAGAGGGAAGAAAUAUUUUGAAAAAGCUGCAGAUACUGAUAUCAUUAAAGAAGCAUUCACAGACCUGUCCUUCACUCCUCAAGCAUCUGAAAUAUUCAGCUCCAUCAGUAAGCCAAUGACCUAUAACCACAAGCACUUCAGCAAGAUAGCCCAAAACCUCAUAAAACAGCGUAACAAACUUCUUAAUCUCUACUACGGCAUGAAGACCUACGCUUCAACAACAGAUCGUGCUGACUGGUACCAAAAAGUCGACGUGUGCAAUAACUUUAAGUUAGUUCACAAGGUUGAAAACACUGGGCUUGUAACGAACCACAAAGUUUAUGAUAUCCCAAAGAAGGAGCACAAAGAGGAAAAGUAUCAAGAUGGAGAGCUUACUGAAUAA